AUGGCAUCUACGCCGACCACCGCCGCAUCUAGCGCGGUACGAAAACCCAGCUGGCAAAACAUUGAACGAUAUUCUGUGUACGACGCUGAAGUUUCGAGUAUGAUGGACGAUAGGAUGCUUGUACGUCCGAGUCUGCUAUCGUUCCGCCCUUCACGCAUGCUGCGAGUCUCGCAACAGCAGCACCACAAUGCUGUGUAUAAAGCGCAGCUUUUGCGUUCUUCGGGUCGCCCCACAGAACGAUCUUCCGAGACGAGCGAUGAAGAUGGGUACGAAAGUAGUGAUACGGGCAAUUCCGACAAUGAAAGCAGCUACUUUCCGUCUCCUGCUGCGCGUAAUCGAGACAAACAUGCCGUGUCAACAGUAGACGAGGAUGAAGAGAUGGGCAAUUACAUGAAUAAUAGCAUCAGGUUGAAUCGAGCCGAGUCAUUGCUUGCUAUCAUGGCUCUUCCGGCAUCAGGUACAAUUCCCCUUCUUGAAAGGCUGGAAAGCGAAGACGAUGAUAAUGAAAUUGACACAAUCAUAUGCGAUCCGACAAGACUUCCGCGAACACUACUUGUAGACGAAAAUGGGCUUACAAUCUCUAGAGAAAGUGUCAUGAUGCGUGCAGCUACUGUACCUCGUGGUGGAGUGAUCAAGUCAGGAGUGCUCUUCAAACAGGGUUUUGGAUUUCGUUCUGGAGGCUGGAAAGUGCGUUUCGCCGUGCUUACGGGCACUAAGAUGACGUUGUUUCGUGAGGAACACGGCAGGAAACGCGGCGAGAUUGAUUUAGCAAAGUGCAAUUCAAAAAGCAUUGAGAUUAUGCCUCAGGACUCCGUAUUUGACGGCUCUCAGGCUACUAUGUGGAGGUUUGCUAUUCGUGGGAAAAAAGGUCGAGUUUUGCUUAGUGCAUAUACGGAGGCAGAGAUGAAGGAUUGGCUUAGGUGUAUUCACGUGGCAUUGGCUUCCCAAGGCUUUGGUCGCUUCACAGACCUUGUGGUACCGAGUGGUACGUUUCUCGCUGAAAGAAGCGGCGGACUACUGCGGUCGUCGGGGAAUUUGUAA